GCGGGGGCUGCGCAACAACAAAACGUCGCCCGCCUCGCGGCGUGUCAGCGGGGCCCGGGCGGCUGCGGCCAGGCCGGGGGGCAGCGGCCGGGCCGGGGAGGAGGCGGCGGCCCGCCAGGCAGCGCCAGGCAGCGACGUGGGGUCCCUCCGGUGCCCGCCGGGGCCGUUUCCUCCCCUCCGGCCCUCAGCUAGGGCGCCGGCGGCAGCCGCCUCUUCCCCCUCGGCCCCACUCUCUCAGGCCUUUCUUAAAACUUUCCAUGUCUAAAUGGACUCCUGAAUGUAAUAUAGUUUAUACUCUAAAAGCGGAUAUGAAGAGUGAAGUUCCUUCUGAUGCACCAAAGAGACCAGAGAGUCUGAAGGGGAUCCUCUUGAACCCUGAGCCUAUUGGGGCACCCAAAAGCUUCACUGCAGAAGUGGAGAUGAUUGCUAGUAAAGUAGGAAAUGAGUUCUCUCACUUGUGUGGGGAUUCUCAAAAGCAGAAUGAUGUGAAUGGCAACCAUACAGACCAAGACAAAAGUAUUGUGGUGCGAAGAAAACGCAAGAGCCAGCAGGCUGGUCCUUCAUAUACUCAAAAUUGUCCUGAUAAAGAAAACCAAGGUAUCUUAGGAUUAAAGCAGCAUCUAGAAACACAGAGUGAAGACAAUGAUUCUUCUUUGAGUGACUGUAUCUCUUCACCUUCAUCUAGUCUACAUUUUGGAGACUCUGACACAGUAACAUCUGAUGAAGAAAAAGAUGCUCCUGUGAGACACCCCCAGGCAGUGUUGAAUACUACAAGUAGAGCUCCUAGUGCAAGGUCACAAAAGCGGCCUCGGACUGAGCCAGAUUCUGUACCUGGGUUGUUAAUGAAAAGGCCCUGUUUUCAUAGCAGUUCUUUAAGAAGACUUCCAUAUAGGAAAAGGUUUGUUAAAACAAGUUCGUCACAGCGGACACAGAACCAAAAAGAACGAAUUUUAAUGCAGAGGAAGAAGCGGGAAGUGUUAGCUCGAAGAAAGUACGCUUUACUACCCAGCUCUAGCAGUUCCAGUGAGAAUGAUCUCAGUAGUGAAUCUUCUUCCAGUUCAUCUACUGAGGUGGAGGAAGACUUAUUUGUGUCACCUGCUGAAAACCACCAGAACAGUACAGCUGUUCCUUCAGGAAGUAUUGAUGAAGAUGUUGUGGUGAUUGAAGCAUCCUCCACUCCUCAGGUCACUGCUAAUGAAGAAAUAAAUGUUACCUCAACAGAUAGUGAAGUGGAGAUUGUCACGGUUGGUGAAAGCUACAGGUCUCGUUCAACACUUGGGCACACAAGAUCACACUGGGGCCAAAGCUCUAGUUCCCACGCUGCACGACCUCCGGAACAGCGGAACCGCAGCCGGAUUUCCACAGUCAUCCAGCCCCUGAGGCAGAAUGCAGCGGAGGUGGUGGACCUUACAGUGGAUGAAGAUGGUGGUAGUUUGAGAUUGACCAAGCCCACUAGUGGCCUUUCACUGGUUCUGAGUGGGAGAAACAGAACUGUCUGUAUUGCUGAUGAGCCCACCGUUGUGCCAAGCCCACCAGCCAGAGUGGAGCCGCCGGUUGUGAGUUCUGCUUCCAGUAACAGUUCCAGUACGUAUAUCUCAGGGCAGACCUCUGAUGAGGCUACUGACGUCUCCAACAGCCAGCCCACUGCAGCACCAGAGACCACUCCUCGUCUUCCCAGCAGCGGCACUGCUGGUACUCCAGCUGGAGAUGAUGUAAGAAGAACUGCAUCUAAUACAACACUGGAAACUAGCCCUCCGGCCAUGCCAAGGUUGCCAUCAUGCUGCCCUCAGCAUUCUCCUUGUGGAGGACCUUCACAGACUCAUCAUGCGUUGGGGCACCCACAUACAAGCUGCUUUCAGCAGCAUAACCACCACUUCCAGCAUCACCACCACCACCACCACAACCCUCACCCAGCUGUCCCACUGUCUCCUUCAUUCAGUGACUCCAGCUGCCCUGUUGAAAGGCCUCCUCCAGUGCCUGCACCUUGUGGAGCAAGCAGCAGUUCUGGCACCAGUUACCACGACCAGCAGGCACUGCCAGUAGACUUAAGCAGCAGUGGUAUAAGAAGUCACGGAAGUGGUGCUUUUCAUGGAACAUCUGCUUUUGACCCCUGCUGUCCUGCUUCUUCAUCUCGAACUGCAAUUUAUGGGCACCAGGCUAGUGCUGGCCCAAGCCAAUCCAUAACAAUAGAUGGGUAUGGAUCCAGUCUGGUUGCUCAGCCACAGCCCCAACCUCCUCCUCAGGCAUCGCUCUCCUCCUGUCGCCAUUAUAUGCAUUCUCCUUAUGCUUCUUUGACCAGGCCUCUUCACCAUCAAGCUUCUGCAUGUCCUCACUCUCAUGGAAAUCCUCCUCCACAGCCACAACCUCCACCUCAAGUAGAUUAUGUUAUCCCUCAUCCAGUGCAUCCCUUUCAUCCUUCAAUCUCCUCUCAUGCAUCUUCUCAUCCUGUUCCACCUCCACCACCAACUCAUCCUUUAGCCAAUGCAUCUGCUCCAAUACCACAGCAUCUUCCUGCAACACACCAGCCAAUAUCCCAUCACAUCCCUGCAACAGCACCUCCAGCACAGAGGCUACAUCCUCAUGAAGUGAUCCAGAGGAUGGAGGUCCAGAGAAGAAGAAUGAUGCAACACCCAACGUAUGUCACAAAUGUACUCAGAACAAUAUCUAAACAUAUAAUUCAUUUCGCUCAGAACUGUAGUUGUUCUAUACCAGCUGGCAUGGAAACAGCUGUGUGCUCUGACUGCUUGAGCUGUGAUGCAAACAGACGUGCCCAUGAACGGCCUCCUCCUCAUCCUCACAGAAUGCAUCCCAAUUAUGGUCAUGGGCAUCACAUUCAUGUGCCUCAGACAAUGUCUUCCCAUCCUCGACAAGCUCCAGAGAGAUCUGCCUGGGAACUGGGAAUUGAAGCUGGUGUGACUGCAGCUACUUACCCUCCAGGGCCCUUGCAUCCUCACUUGGCCCACUAUCAUGCACCUCCUCGACUUCAUCACUUGCAAAUAGGGGCUCUUCCUCUAAUGGUACCAGACAUGGCGGGCUACCCUCACAUCCGUUACAUUUCAUCGGGAUUGGAUGGAACGUCAUUCAGAGGCCCUUUCAGGGGCAAUUUUGAGGAACUGAUUCACUUGGAGGAACGAUUAGGCAACGUUAAUCGUGGAGCAACACAGGGAACUAUUGAAAGAUGCACAUACCCACAUAAAUACAAAAAGGUAACAACUGAUUGGUUCUCACAGAGGAAACUGCACUGCAAACAAGAUGGGGAGGAAGGAACAGAAGAAGAUACAGAGGAAAAGUGUACCAUCUGUUUGUCCAUAUUGGAGGAAGGUGAAGAUGUCAGGCGCCUUCCAUGUAUGCACCUUUUCCACCAAGUAUGUGUAGACCAGUGGCUGAUUACUAACAAGAAGUGCCCCAUUUGCAGAGUGGACAUUGAGGCUCAGCUGCCUAGUGAAAGUUGACACUGCUUUCCAGAACUCUUCUCCUCCCUCUCCUUCCCUCUCAUCCUUCCUGGUACUGCAGUCAACCAAAGAUGGCAUGACUUACCUGCGCAGAUUUGGAAGCAUUGACCCUAGAGUGCUGGCUCUGCUAUAUGGUACAACUAGUGCUAGACCUACAGUUUAUGUAGAAGACAGUUGAGUUCAGUGUAUUUAUAAAAUAUUUUUUUUAGGUUUUACAUUUUUUCUUUUAAUUCAUUACUGUAUUUUUGCAUGGUUCCUUGUAUUGCAUUUGUUUGCACAUAUUAUGGGCUUUGUGACCCCAAACUUGCAGGCAAGAUUAGCUGCUUUAGUAAGUAGAAUUGUAUGGUCCCUGUUUUGUUUCGGUUUUUUGGUUUGUUUUACAUAGUAUUGAGCUUUGAAAGUAUGAUUUCAGUCAUCUAACUAACCUUGAAUUCCUUAAUUUAAUCGGUCAUAUAUUUUAGUUUAAAUGUAUAAAGAUCAUCUAGAAAAGGAUAAUAUUAUGUAUUGAGACAUUCCUUAAUUAGGAAAAAAUGGCUGCUGUAUAUGUACAAUAUCAGUUCUGAGUCAAAUAACAUCCUUAAUACUGGGAACAGAAUAUGAAAUAUAUUCAGAUUGAUUGAUACAAUUAGCAAACUCAUCACCAGAGUUUUUGUCUGACCAGACUUUUGUGUUCAUUUUUAAAAUUUCAGCACAAUGCAGAUAUAUUUGAAUGUCAAUAUUAAACAUUUAGACUGCUGUUCAGAUUGUAUUUAUCAUUUCCUUCCUGUGUCUAGAAAUUUGAAUCCCUAACUUAAAUACUUGCUGCUGUGAAACAGCUCUAGUGAACACUAAAUGUUGAUAUCAGUUAGCUGGGUUGUAGAUACUUGCAGAUUGAAAGAAUUAUUAGAGAAAUGGAAAAAGAGCUUAGAAUCUGUUUGGUAUUCUGCUAACUUAAGUUGAAGUAUCUGCGCACACUGAGAGGGGUUUUUGUUUGUUUUUUGGUUUGUUGGGUUUUUUAAUACAAAAACAUUCAAUAAGGACUUAGAGCUGCAGGGUUUUUGUGUUUUUGGUUUCUUUUUUAUUAUUUUUUUGGGUUUUUUGGCAGAUAUACAUGCAUUCGUAGAACUUCUAAGGAUUCCGGGCUUGUCCUGGGAUUUUUACUCGUUUAAAGUUAAUAAAGUUAGCUAAAUCCA